CCCAAACUACAAGUACCUCUUCUCCUUCUCGCAAAACUGAACACGCAAACAGAUCUCAUCUUCUCCUUAAAGUGAUUGCACCUUCAACAUAAUGGGGAAACCACCUACACCCAGCAAUGUGGAGACCGGAGAAACUUCGUCCGGGAUAACUCAUAAGAGAAAACGAGGACGUCCACCCGGUUCCCGUACAAAAUCAAGAGUUCUUGCAAUAAACGAGCCACCAACAUUCAAACCAAAAUAUUAUGACUGUGGCUGUGAUAAGUGUGACUCUUAUGUUAAGCAAAAAAAUGCACGUAACAUGAGAAAGGCCAUCUUACUAUCAAAACGAACUUCAACCACAUCUCAAGAUGCUCCAACGCAACCAUAUGGCGUGCGCCACAUCAGAAACAAGAAAAAAGGUUGCAAAUUCAUGUUUGUCGCCUUUAUGUAG